GUAGUAUUUAGUAGUUGAAGAAGUAGUCAAUUUCUUUAGAUCUUCCUAAGAAAUAAAUAAAAAAAUAAAAAAAAUAAAAUAAUAACUGAAGAAGAUCUCUCUUUUUCUUCUCAAUAUAAAAUUCAAGAAUUUGGGUCUUGUUUUCGAAUUCUGUAGAGGAAAAAAAGAAAAAACUGUUCGUAUAAAGUGUUACAUGUACACUAACUUCACGUAUCAUCAAAUCAAAUCAAACCCACUCACUAUUAAAACUCUUUCUUCUUCUUCUUCAUCUUUUCAGAAAUAAAAAACUCGAUCUUUAAAUCACUUUCAGUUUUACAGUUUGGGAUAUUAUUUCUCUGGGUUCUUGCCAAUUGCCAUGCAUGUGUUAAAUUUUGAGAAUUUCUCAAAAUUCAUGUCUUUUCAAGUGAUUUCAGAGAUGGGUUUUGUUGGGAAAUGUCAUUCUGAUACAUUUCACUGGUUCUAAGGGGAAUUUGGGUUGUAAUUUUUGGAUCUCUGGGUUUUGUUGGGUAAUUUCUGGAUUUGGGUUUUUGAUUUUAUCUUGUCAUCUGAGUGAAAAAGAAAAAGUUGGAUUAAUUUUUGGGUUCACGGGGCAGAAGAAAUUGUUCACAAGAAAGUGUUGGAUUCUCUCAACUGUAAUUGCUGGCUUUGUCUUAAAAUCUAAGGGUAUAAAAUCCAAGUGUUGGAACAAAGGAUUGCAAGAUAUGGGUCAUUCAGCUGCAGUUUGGGAUCAAAGAGCAGCAAUUGAGGUUACAAAAGAUUGGAAUGGGAUUGAUCAGGUCGUGCUUCGAUCGCCUCGAGGAGCUUCGGCUAGGAUUAGCUUGUAUGGAGGACAAGUUACGUCGUGGAGGAAUGAUAGAGGCGAAGAGCUCUUGUUUACAAGUAGUAAGGCCAUCUUAAAGGCUCCGAAAGGAAUGCAAGGAGGAAUUCCUAUAUGUUUCCCACAGUUUGGAAGUUGUGGGUUGCUGGAGAAAAAUGGGUUCGCUAGGAAUAAAAUUUGGACCAUUGAUGACAAUCCUCCUCCUCUUCCCACCAACGACUCAACUGGUAAAGCUUUUGUUGAUUUGCUGCUUAAACCAUCCGAAGAGGAUUUGAAAAGCUGGCCUCAUAGUUUUGAGUUCCGCCUUAGGGUUUCUCUUGCCACAAACGGGGACCUCACCAUGAUUUCACGCAUUAGGAACAUCGAUUCCAAGCCAUUUAGCUUCUCAUUUGCAUAUCAUACAUAUCUCUCUGUUUCCGAUAUCAGUGAAGUAAGAAUAGAAGGUUUGGAAACACUCGACUAUCUUGAUUACCUUUGCCAGAAAGAACGCUUUACAGAACAAGGAGAUGCAAUUACAUUUGAAAAUGAGGUCGAUCGAGUUUAUCUAAGUUCUCCAAACAUAGUCGCAGUCCUUGACCAUGAAAAGAAGCGGACAUUUGUUAUACGUAAAGAAGGGCUUCCUGAUGUUGUCGUUUGGAACCCAUGGGAGAAGAAAUCAAAAACCAUGACAGAUUUUGGGGAUGAGGAGUACAAACAGAUGCUCUGUGUUGACGCUGCAGUGAUUGAGAAACCGAUCAUGUUGAAGCCAGGUGAAGAAUGGAAAGGUCGAUUAGGAAUCACUGUCGUGCCUUCCAGUUACUGCAGUGAACACGAUCCUUGUCUGAGCGGACUUUGAAACGACAAAGAAUCCACACCGAAGAAAUGGUAGUAAUAACUUUAUUUAUUCACGUUGUUAUUGCCUUGUAAUUUCUAGAGUACUUAAAAUCUGUAGAAAAGAUGGUUGUGGUAAAAAACAUGCUUUUUUGUUGUUCUUUUGGCUACAGCCAUGGAUGUGAAUGAAAAAACCUCUUGUCAAUAGAUAUUGAGAGUUGUUAAUAUAUCUCUUUUUCUUCUCGAAUCAAAAUGGUCUGAUUGUAAAACUCAACCUGCAUAAAUACAGAGGUUAUUCUAGUGUA